CACAAGGAGCAGUUGCAGCAGGGACUUGUGGCUGCAGGGACUUGGUGCUUGCUCUGUGUUCUGUCUGGGAAGAAUCCUACUGCUGCUUCUAAAGGAAACGUGCAGUCACCAUGGAGCAUCACUGCGGUUUAAUCACAGGCAAGAAGGAGAUGGUGCCACUGAAGAGCAUCUCUGUAACCCUGUCCGUCAAUGACUUUGUGGUUGAUGUGUCUGCAACCUUAAAUUAUGAGAAUGAAGAGAAAGCCCCAAUAGAGGCACUCUUUGUCUUCCCCAUGGAUGAAGACUCUGCUGUCUACAGCUUUGAAGCUUUGGUGGAUGGGAAGAAAAUUGUGGCAGAAUUGCAGGACAAGGCGAAGGCACAUAGCAACUAUGAGGAAGCCCUCUCUCAGGGCUAUGAAGCUUACUUAUUGGAAGAGGAUGACUACUCCAGAGAUGUCUUUUCUUGCAAUGUGGGGAACCUCCAGCCUGGAGCUAAGGUGGCAGUUACCCUGAGGUAUGUGCAGGAACUUCCCCUGGAAACAGAUGGGGCCCUGCGCUACUUGCUCCCGGCAAUCUUGAAUCCGAGAUACCAGCUCUCAGAACAGUCAGCGAACAGUUGCCUGAAUGUAAAGAGCCCCGUAGCUCCUUUGAAGGACCUGCCCUACACCCUCAGCAUGGUUGCCACCAUCACUUCCCAGCAUGGCAUUGAGAAGGUCCAGUCCAACUGCUCCUUGAGUCCUCUUCAGUACCUUGCAGAGGACAAUACUUCUGCUCAGGUUUCCUUGGCUGAAGGACACAAGUUUGACCGAGAUGUGGAACUCCUGAUUUACUACACUGAGGUGCACAGCCCAAGCGUAGCUGUGGAGAUGGGGAUGCCAGACAUGAAGCCAGAUAGUUUGAUGGGAGCUCCUUCUGCAAUGGUGAGCUUCUACCCAGAUAUCCCAGAAGUGGAGGCCUCAAGGGCCUGUGGAGAAUUUGUAUUUCUCGUGGACCGCUCAGGAAGUAUGGAAUCCCCCAUGAGUAACCAAAAAAAUUCUCAGCUGCGCAUAGAAGCUGCCAAGGAAACUCUGUUGCUGUUGCUGAAGAGCUUACCUAUGGGUUGUUAUUUUAACAUCUAUGGAUUUGGAUCUACCUAUGAAAAAUUCUUUCCGGAGAGUGUGAAGUACACUCAGGAAACAAUGGAGGAGGCCGUGAAAAGAGUGAGGGAUCUAGAAGCAGAUCUAGGAGGCACUGAAAUCUUGACACCACUCUGCAACAUUUACAAGGCACCCUCCAUUGCUGGCCAUCCCUUACAAAUUUUUGUCUUCACAGAUGGAGAAGUUAGUGACACCUUUAGGGUCAUUAGAGAAGUUGAGCUGAACAGCAAGAAACACAGAUGUUUCUCAUUUGGCAUUGGGGAAGGAGCCUCCACCAGUUUAAUCAAAGGCAUUGCCCGGGUAUCAGGAGGCACUGCAGAAUUUAUCACAGGCAAGGACAGGAUGCAAGCCAAGGCUCUGGGGACUCUGAAGUUUGCUCUACAGCAUGGAGUGGAUGACAUAUCUCUGAGCUGGGAUUUGCCUCCUCGUCUAUAUGCUAACAUGCUUUCUCCAGAGCAGACUGUCAUCUUUAAGGGUCAGAGGUUAAUUAUCUAUGCCCAGCUGGCUGGGAUUAUGCCCCAAGGGGAAAGCUCAGGAGCAGUGUGCCUCAAAUACUCCCUUCAGGGCAAGGCUCUUGAAAACAGGGUGACAUUUUCCCUACAACCCAAGGCAAAUGCCAGCUUCACCAUUCAUCGGUUGGCUGCAAAGUCCUUGAUUCAGAACAAAGACUUGGGCUCCAAUGAGACCUCAGAAGAGGCAAAAGAGGAUGUGAAGAACAUCAGCAUUCAGUCUGGAGUUCUUAGCUCCUUCACAGCUUUCAUCGCCAUAAACAAGGAGCUGAAUCAGCCAGUACAGGGGCCUCUGUCUCAUAGAGUGAUUCCAAGGCCAAUGACUUACGGAUCUUAUGAUGCGUGUUUAAUUAGCAUGCCAUGCACAGGAAAAGCACUACGUUCUAAGCCUCUGGCUUUUAGCCUGAGAAAUGCUGUAUUUGGUGCAUCCCUAUCUUUGCAAAGCAGCAAAAAGGUGAAAAGGGCGUGUUCUUCCACCAAGAGAAACAGCUUGCAAAGUGACCCCAAAGCUUUUGGAGAGAAUGUUGUUGUGCAGCUGAUUUCCCUUCAAAAGGCAAAUGGCUCCUGGAACCUGGAUGAAGAUCUGACCAAAAUCCUGGGCACUAAUUUAGAAGAUGCCAAGGUUGCAAACCCUGCCAUGCAUGGGGACCCCUCAGCCUGGGCCACAGUGCUGGCUGUGCUGUGGUUGCAUGCCCAUGGCAAGGACUUGAAGUGUGAGUGGGAGCUUCUGGAAAGGAAAGCCGUGGCCUGGCUUCAUGACCAUGCAGGCUCCUCCAUCCCCGCACUUGUGCAAGCUGCCAACAGACUCCUGAAAUUAUCUGUGAAUCCUGCUGCCUUUGACAUCUGAGGAUGUCACCCAUGAAAGAAGAGCGUUUCCUGGCUACUACCUACUCCCACACUUCUUGGCUGAGAUGGCUUUUGGUUUUUAUGUUUAACUUUUUCUUUCUUGUCACUUAUACAAUGGACUACUACUCAGCUAUUAAAAAUAGGGCAGCAUGAAAUUUGCAGUCAAAUGGAUGGAACUGGAAAAUAUCAUCCUCAGUGAGGUAACCCAGAAGCAGAAAAAUACACAUGGUAUAUAUAUACUCACUUAUAAGUGGAUAUUAGCCUUAAAGUACAAGAUAAGCACACAGAUCCACAUAUCCAAGAAGCUAAAUAACAAGGAGGGUUCAAGGGAGGAUGCUUAACUCUCAGAAGGGGAAAUAAAAUUCUACAAAUGUUCUUGUGACAUUUUUAAAA